AUGGCAUCUCGAGCUGGGAACUCUACUGCUCUGAGGAGACUCAUGACUGAAUAUAAGCAGCUGACAGCCGGUGGCUCUCCUGACGGCAUGUUCACUGCGGGUCCGAUUUCUGAGUCCGAUUUCUUUACAUGGGAAGCUCUCAUUAUGGGACCCAAAGAUACCCCAUUCGAAGGCGGAGUCUUUACAGCUAAGCUGACAUUUCCGUCAGAUUACCCUCUAUCGCCGUUCAAGAUGAAGUUCGAGCCACCGCUCUUCCACCCUAACAUCUACCCCGAUGGCAACGUCUGCAUCUCCAUUCUGCAUCAACCCGGCGAAGACCCUCUCAUGUACGAGCAAGCUUCUGAGCGAUGGUCGCCUGUGCAAAGCGUCGAGAAGGUUCUGCUUAGUGUCAUCUCUAUGCUUGCCGAACCGAACCUCGAGAGCGGUGCCAAUAUCGAUUGCUGCAAGCUCUACCGGGACAACAAACCCGAAUAUGAGCGCAUCGUGCGCGAGUCUAUCCAGGAACAGCUCGGCCUCUGA